CUAUAUAAACCAACCUCCAACAAUUGAAAUAAAACCAUAAAUAGAAAGCCUCACCAAAUCCUCAAAAUACCCUAAAAUAAACUCCAUUUAUUAACACUAAUUAUGGAAACACAAACUGAAAGUUUAUGGCUAUUAGCCCUUGCUUCCAAAUGCACCACUUUAUCUCCACAAACCAUCCUUUUCCUUUUCUCCCUCCUAUGCUUACCAUGGUUAACCCUGGUUUUACUCUAUUGGGCCGAACCCGGAGGACCGGCAUGGGGCAAAUACCGCCACAAAUUCAGCCCACGAACAACGACCCGGAUACCAAACGGACCUCGAGGUUAUCCCCUCAUAGGAAGCAUGGACUUAAUGGUGGGGUUAGCUCAUCACAAGCUGACUUCCAUGGCUAACCACCUAGGGGCUAGACGGCUCAUGGCCUUCAGCCUAGGAGAUACACGUGUCGUGAUCACAUGCAACCCUGACGUGGCUAAGGAUAUCCUCUGCAACUCUGUGUUUGCUGACCGUCCGAUCAAGGAUUCUGCUUACACCUUGAUGUUUAACCGCGCCAUGGGUUUCGCACCCUACGGCGUUUAUUGGAGGACGUUACGAAGAAUCGCCGCCACCCAUAUGUUCUGUCCAAAAUACAUCAAUUUCGGACAAACACAAAGAGCUGAAAUGGCCUCUCAAAUGGUGGAAAUAAUUAAUAAUAAUAAUGGUGGUGAAAAUAGAGCAGCAUUUUGUGUACGGGAAAUGCUGAAACACGCUUCACUGACGAACAUGAUGGCGUCGGUGUUCGGAAAGCGGUACGAGUUGUCGUCGCUGAAUACAGAGGCAGAAGAACUGAGUCAACUCGUAGGAGAAGGGUACGAGUUGUUAGGGGUGCUGAACUGGUCUGACCAUCUUCCUUGGCUUGGUUCAUUUGAUCUUCAAAGGAUCCGAGAGAGAUGUUCUGGGCUUGUUCCUCGGGUUAAUCGGUUUGUUAACCGGGUUAUUUACGAACACCGGGUUCAGGAGCAUAAGCAUGAGAUGGGUAACUCCAAAGGUCAAGAUUUUGUGGAUGUUUUACUAUCCUUGGAUGGAGCUGAUAAAUUGUCGGAUUCUGAUAUGGUGGCUGUUCUUUGGGAGAUGAUAUUCAGAGGAACUGAUACAGUAGCAGUUUUAAUAGAGUGGAUAUUGGCAAGGAUGGUCCUUCACCCUGAUAUCCAAUCAAAGGUCCAAGAUGAGUUAGACAAAGUUGUUGGAAAAUCAAGACCGUUAAUGGAAUCUGAUAUCCCUUCAUUGGGCUACUUGCAGGCUGUGAUCAAAGAAGUUCUCAGAUUACACCCACCAGGCCCACUUCUAUCAUGGGCCCGUUUAGCAAUAACUGAUACAACCCUUGAUGGGUAUCAUAUCCCAGCAGGAACAACUGCUAUGGUUAACAUGUGGGCUAUAGCCCGUGACCCCAAAAUAUGGGCUGACCCACUUAGGUUUAACCCUGAAAGGUUUGUCAAUGAUGUGGAUUUCUCGGUGUUGGGCUCGGAUCUUAGGUUGGCACCAUUUGGGUCGGGAAGGCGGUCUUGCCCCGGGAAGGCACUUGGGUUAACCACUGUUAGUUAUUGGGUAGGGACUUUGUUGCAUGAGUUUGUUUGGACACAAUGUUAUCAAAAUCCUGUUAGUCUAACUGAAGUCAUGAAGUUGUCCUGUGAAAUGGCUAAUCCCCUAACGGUUAUGGUCCGUUCUAGGCGUAGUUAAGUGUAGGGGUGUCAAAUCGGGCCAUUGGUCGGUUACAGGGUGUAAUAUAACGCAGUACGUUGUACUGGGCCAUAAUGCUUAUGUGGGUUGAAUGCGUGAUUUUUUUUUUCGAGUCA